AUGUGGAGGUUUCAUUUAGGUCUGUUUAACCAAAUACUCUGUUUGUAUUUGGCAGGAGAGAGACCAGACUCUCACUCUGACAGCGGGAAGAGUCCUUCAGGGGAACCAGACUCAGAGACGUCCAAACCAGCGAGACGACACCACACCUCCCAUUGUGGAAAGAGUUUUAAGCGGUUAUGGACGCUGAAAGAGCAUGGGAGAACACACACACGAGAGAAGCUUCAUCACUGUUCCGACUGUGGAAAGAGUUUUACCCGGUUAGGACACCUAAGAGCGCAUGAGAGAACACACACAGGAGAGAAGCCUUAUCACUGUUCCCGCUGUGGAAAGAGUUUUACCCGGUUAUGGAACCUGAGGACGCAUGAGAUUUCACACACAGGAGAUAAGCUUUAUCACUGUUCCCACUGUGGGAAGAGUUUUACCCAGUUAGGGCACCUAAGAACGCAUGAGAGGACACACACAGGAGAGAAGCCUUAUCACUGUUCCCACUGUGGAAAGAGUUUUACCCAGUUAGGGCAGCUGAGAACUCAUGAGAGGGCACACACAGGAGAGAAGCCUUACCACUGUUCCCAUUGUGAAAAGAGUUUUCCCCGGUGGGGGAGCCUGAAAAAGCAUGAGUGGAUACACACACGUGAAAAGCCCUACCAGUGCUCCUUGUGUGAAAAGAGUUUUACCCAGUUAGGAAACCUGAACCAACAUGAGAGGACACACACAGAAGGGGAUAAGACAUACCACUGCUCCCAGUGUGAAAUGAGUUUUACCCGGUUAAGGUAUCUGAAUAAGCAUGAAAGAAUACAUACACAGGAGGAGAAGACAUACCACUGCUCUCAAUGUGGAAAGACAUUUUCUCAGUCAGAGGACCUGAAAUCACAUGAGAGAAUAGAGGCACUGUGUUCUGACUUAUGUUUUUGAUUGAGAAUGUGUUUUUGUGUAUGCCACACAAAACCAAAUUGUAUGAAAGCUUUCAAAAACAAAAUUGGCCUACUUUUCAAUUUUUUAUCUCGAGACAUGAUCAUAUAUAAAAUUUGAUUUUAACAUUUUGUUUUGAUUAGGAACUUUGAUUGAUUAGAUAGUAUCAACCCUUAGAUAUUCAUUUUAUGAUUUGGAUCUUUCAAAAUGUAAAUUAUUAAAUAGAUUAUUGGAAUUUGCAUUUCUUUUUUUUAACCUUAAUCUCUUGAAUUUAGUUGUGUUUCAUUGCAUACAUGUUUGUACUAUUCAUCAAGUUAACGGUGCAUGAAAAUGUGAUGACGUUGUUCUGAUAGCCUUGAUAAGAUGUUGACAUGAAAAAUAUUCACUUCCUCAUUAUUAUUCCAUGUCAGAGAAAACACAGCUGCUGAUUUGUCAAAAGGUUUGAUUAAUGCAAAAUAUUUUGUCUGAAAAAAAUAUAAUGUGGAAACCCAAUAGUUAAUUAUAUACAUCUACAUGAUGUAUUGUUACACCAGGUAGGAGCAGUAUAGACCU